UAAUUACGUAUCCGAACAACAUUACCAUACAAACAACGUCUUGACCGUACCGAAGAUAAGGUAAGACGAGAAACUCCCAACUUCAGUCAUGUCGAUCGUGUGUAAGUCAUAUAAUACGCCUAGGGCAGGUGGCAUGUAAUGGAUAGCACGGCACCAACCGUCACGCAGGGAGGAAGACAUUCAAGACACGGGGUUUAUAGACGAGGAUGUUCAGUAGUUAGGGCACAGCAGCGCGCACCAUGCCAGUAGAAGGAUGGGCUGGAAGCGGUCACUGUUGAACGCCCACAUCAGAAUGGGGCGAUACAGCGUGAAGGUGAAGACACUCAUCGUGCUAUGGAUGCUGUGCUUCUUCGGGGCUUGGGUGAUGUACUUCAGCUACAACGGCAGCCCCGAUAUAUGCAGGCCAGAGAGCGCCAAGGAAUUCAUAUGUGAGAAUUACAACAAAGGUGUGAUCGCCGGCUCCAUGUGUGAAGAACUAUGCCAGCAGACGAAGAUAACACUGGACAGUUGUGUUUCCCAGGAUGCAUUUCACCAGACAUACAUUGGCACACUAAAGAAACCACCAAAACAAAGGAAGAACAUGGAUGAGCCCCUUUACAUCAAGCAGUCUUUGAAUCCUGCGGAGGUCAGCUUCCAGAAGCCUGCCUCUGGUAGCUCCAUGGAGGACCUGCGGAUCAUGAUCUCUGCCUACCUCAAGCGACACCUGGGCGACGGCGGUAACAUUGACAGUAUCCAGUCCAGAAUACUCAACUUGGCUGACAGUAACAACGACGGCAAAGUCUCGUUGCCCGAGGCCAGGUCAGUCUGGGCCCUUCUUCAGUCCAAAGAGUUCCUGAUCAUGAUGGUCCUGGGCGACAGCGACUACAUUCCACGCCUGCUGGGAUUCUGCGGGAACAUGUACAUCAUGGAGGGCAUUCGCGCCUUCAGGUUAUUCGGCACCGAGUUCCCGCCGCUUCUCGACUUCGUUUUGCCAAAUUCAGCCAAAAUGUAUUUCCAAAGAAAGAUUGCCCCGCCUUGGACGGACCGAGCUCACAUUGUCGUGGGACUGCUAGAAUUUGUCGAAGAGAUUAUGGAAGGACCCGCGGGGAAUCUCUACAUGUGCCAUGUGAACGAAAGGGGGAUCGGGUAUACGGCGUACAGCGAUGUGAAAAUUCUUAGAUUGGAGGGUGUUUUGACGGAGCAGGCCGUGAAGACUAGCCUGCAGGAUAGAACCUGCUUUGGGGACUGGGACUGCAUGCUUGGGGAGAACUGUCGCUCCCCGUGCGACAAGUCGGGCAAAUGCUCCGGGGAGAUGAUUCAGCCCAAUCUCCAGCGUGUCUGUCACAUGCUGACUGUUUACCUCCUGGACAAUGCACCGUCUGAUGUCCACCAAGAACUCGAAGAUCUACUCGGCAAGUGUAAGCGGUUGGAGUUUGGCAGCAAAAACAUGCACAUGGACCACUCGCUGGUUCUCAACAACCUCAAGUCGUUGCUGUGGAAGCAGGUAUCACAUCUCAAGAAAUUUUCCAAGACAUCAAGGUCUUAGUACAGGUACAUGUACAUGUACUUCUUGUUGAGCAAACCUUGUUAUUUCAACUUUUUGGCCUUUUAGUUGGGGAGACUGGCUACCAGAAUACUCGUUAAGAACAUCUUGAUUUCUUCAAGGUUAAGAUCACUGUGCGUGCCCAGUAAGGUUUGCAGUAUGGGUAGCUUUCUCAAGACACUGUCUUAAGAUACAAAGAUUCUGUCAGCAUUUUAAGAUAUAAGAUAGGAAAAGUGGGAUCUUUAUGCUACAUGUGUAAUGGGGGUAGGGUAUCAAAGAUCCAGGAAUUGUUGGCGAGCUGAAAGAGAGAGACCAGAGACAGGGCGGUUGGAAUUGAUGGUAGAUGGAACAGCACUAAUGCAUGCUGGACCACAUCACCACCCUCAUCACUGCACCUUCCUGUCCAGGGGUCACUCCUCAUUCAAGAAGGGGGUCUCUCUGGUUAUAUAAACUAUAGUCUCGCAGGCAUGGGACUAAACUAAGAUACAUGUAAUACUUCAAAGAGGAAAAAAGAAGAAAUUGACGGGGGUUUUUGCAUGAGCCCCCCAAAAAAGGGAAAAUAAACUGAAGUCCAGAGAAAAUGACAUUUGAUAAAAAGUAAAAAUCACUUGUCAAAAAGGGGCACCCUUUUAUGUAUUCAAAAAUAUUUAUUGCAAUUUGAGCCAUGAGCCUGGCAUUGUAACCUGACAUCCUUUUCACAUGUUUCAGUACAUGAAAUGUACAAAGACAAGAUAAGUUUGCGGUAGCACCAUGUGAAUAAAUCUCUUU